AAGUGAUUUCCAAUAUAAUAAUUGUAAAAUGGUCGCCGGAUGGGGGACAAUUGGCCUGGCCUUUUAAUAUGGGAUUGAGUCCCGACCGCUUGAAUACUUCCAUCCGACUGCUUGUCUUGGAAUAGAAAGAAAAGAACAGAAAGAUCUAUUUCCGUUCUCUGAUAAUUUUUCCCUUCUUCCCCGCCGACCGUUUGAGCGCUACGUCAAGCGACUCAAUUCAUCAUGUUCAUUCUUACUACGGUCUCCGAUCUUAUCCAGAUCUCCCCGGAGGAUUUCUCCAAAUAUAGCGCGGUGGCUCUCGAGGAUAACAUCAACGAGAAGUAUGCCAACAAAGUUAUUCAAAAGAUCGGCCUAUGUAUUGGUUUCUAUGACCUGCUAGAGUCUUCCGAUGGUCUGAUUGGCCAUGGUACUGGACUUGUCAAUGUAAAUGUCAAAUUCCGUCUGAUUGUCUUCCGCCCGUUCAAGGGCGAGAUCAUGCUUGGGAAGAUCUCGAGUGCGACAGAACAUGGCAUUAAGGUUGCCGUGGAAUUCUUCAACGAUAUCCUCGUGCCCCCUGAUCUACUCCUGGAUGGCGCCAGAUUUGACUACGCGGAUCAAGUCUGGAUCUGGGAGAACGAAGAUGGCUCCACUUUCUACUUUGAUGUUGGUGAAGUUGUUCGAUUCCGCGUUGAGAUGGAGGAAUGGCACGACCAGAUCCCCAAUGCACCAGAUCUAGGAGAUGCCGCCGCGAUCGAGCGGAAACCUCCAUAUUCGAUUAUAGGAUCGAUGCAAAUGGCAGGGUUGGGUCCGAUCUCAUGGUGGUGAUUGAUGGCUUGCUUUGUUGCGCAGAGGAAUACGAAAAGCUUUCCGUGGAUAGGAUUGCAUUGUACACUACAUACAGUGGGUUUCAAAAGAAAAGUAAAGAGGGGACUUGGAUAUACCACGUUGGGAUAUGGAUGUUUGCAGACGGCGAUUAUCGCUCCCAUCGAUAGACGAAUAAUGACAUGAUCUUGGCUUUCAAACUGCCUUGAAAUUCUAUCAGGUUGGCGCAAUAGUGAUUACUGAUGUCGAAAUGAAGGGAUGGUAUGAGCCCAUCCCCAGGAACCAUGG